AUGACAUGGAUUGCCUUGUCGAGCCAGCUCGCUACUCUGCAGAACACAUCGCUGAUCUGCGCCGGUCUUUGGUUCCAAGAGUUUAUCACGCAUCUACGCUAUGAUUGGGGGCUCCUAACCCGCCAGACGAAGGGGCCACGCCCACUCAAGGCGCGUGUUGCCUUAUGGGCUUACCUGGGGUGUCGUAUUCUCUGCCUUAUCCAAUGUGUUUGCGUCGCCAUCAUCUCCUUCCCUGGAGUGUCGGAUUGUCACGUGCUGAUCAAAGUGCUCACGGCGUCAGGAUUCUUUGCUGUCAUCUGCGCGUCAACCCUGUUAUCCUUACGAGUGGCAGCAGUGUGGUCUUGGGACAGGAGGGUCGUUACCCUGCUGAUCACGGUCACCCUGGUCACGUUGGCGACCUCGAUGUAUCUCAUGGUGAAGAUUGACGCAUCAUUCGAUCCAGUGAUACAAUCUUGUGCUUUGAACGGCAGUAUAGACGACGCUUUAGCACCUUCUGUAGCCGUACUCGCUGGAGACUGUAUCAUACUUGCACUUCUUCUCAUUGGGCUUCGUGCGAAGUGGAGCGAGGCUCGCCAGUUCAAGUUGUGGCAAGUGCUCUGGUCACAGGGACUGAUCUACUUACUGGUCGCCGCUCUGUUCGAGAUACCGUUCGUGGCUUUACUAGCGUCGAAUAUCAAUCCUCUACUGGACGCGAUGCUUGUGGCACCAGAAGCUGUGAUCUUAGCGAUAUGCGCGACACGCAUGUUCCGCUCAUUGAAUACGAGAGUGGGAGGUCAGAGUGAGGAGUCCGAGAUGUUUACCAACGGCAUAUUACACGGCAGAGUGUACGCUUCAUGGCCCAACGAAGUUCAACUUUACCCCAUACGAGCCGGACGCGCUGAACGUCAGCCCGAGCUCAGACACGCAACAUCCGGCUCUCUCGAUUUAGGAUCGUAG